AUCAUUCAUUCGUUAGCUUACGGAUCUGAAGGAGACUUCUAUAAUCAUGUCUAGAUUGUUCCUGACCGUCGUGGCCAUUGUGCUCGUCUUUGCUGGAGCUUCGCAGGCAGCCAGCCUGGAAUGGCCCUCGAAUUUGGUGGCUCUCAGCUCGGCCAAGUCCUCGCAACUGCUGCCCAUCGCCAGCGAGGAUUCCGUCGAGUUGGCUGAGACUAAUUCGGGUUCGGUUAUCUCAUCCGGAGCUCAACCGGAGGAGCAAUCCGAAGAGGAGGAGGAACAGCUGUCCCAGUCAUCCAGUGGCAGUUCAGAUCCCAUCGAUGCCCGUCUCGUUUCUUCCGGAAUUCCCGUCUCCGUCCCACUUCCUCUUAUUCUGGCUGCCCGUAAUGGACUGCGAACCGUAUUGACUAUCCAGGAGCCUGCUGUGGCCAAGGUUGGUGAAGUGGUGCAGCAUGUGCCCACUGCCAUUUCACAUCAGAGCCAAACGGUGGUGCACGACCACCGUCGAUUGGUCACUCCCAUUGUGGCUCCUGCUGUACGCACUACCCAAGUGGUGCGCCAGCAGCCACCACUCUUGUGGACCGUCGCCUCCGAUCCUCGCGUGGUCCUGAUCCGUAACUAAGUUUACCUGCCAAAGAUCAACAAGAUGAACUCGCCAAAUCUAUGAUACUUCUACUCUUAAUUCCCUUUCUGGACUUAAUAACCCAAAAAACUCUGUCUCUUCUCUGUCUUCUUUCUUCUGCCAUUUUCUGUAGAAUUCUUCUGUAGUAUGCUUUUAAUAAAGAUUUCGCAAUUGCA